ACGAACGCACGCACGCUGCACGCGCGCUCCCACGUCUCACGUCGCUCGGGCACAGAUACGGAGGGAGGACUACGUCAGCAUCGUCGCGUUCCAGCGAGGGACCGACCCAUCUCUGGUGCCCAACACUGCACGCGAGCUCCUCACCAACAGUGCUUAGUUGCAGCACCUGCCUCGCGAGAGCGCGCGUACUGCGUAAUUGACUUAAGCGCAGCGCUCUUUGCCGCGCAGACAGCGCACGCGGCCCGUGCGCUUGGCGUAGCAAUGGUUAGCUGCGGUAUCGGAAUGGUCUGUCCUGUUAUGUACAAACGAAACAUGAUAACUGUAGGAGCCGACCGAGAGAACAUUCGGAAGAUUGUAUUGACAGGCUUUUUCUGAGCGGUGUUGCUGGGUGGUGGUACUACUGCUGCUGCUGCGUUCGCCCCGAUGCGAUCGGCGCGUUAGAGAGCGAGCAACCAUUGAGAGCGGUUUUGCGAGUCCAACCGACCACGUCGCUUCAGCUGCCGCCGCUGCUGCUGCUGAACCUUUGUCCUGCAGGAGUCCGUCGCCUGUCCGCGCGCGUCUCACGCAGCCCUCACACCUCCACACGUGCUCCUUUCCUUUGUUCCUUAGGUGAAACCCAAGCCCAUUGCGAAUGAAGGUUCCACGCUGAGAUUGCGCUUUUGGGGACACGACGACGUGUUGCCUGAUACACGCGCUCCGUUACCCUUUCAUGUGGAAGCUGACUACAAUCACAGCAUGCUCCGCAAAAUAGUAAAGUGUCUGGGAAUGAAAGCAUAUAAUUUAUUUUUGUGCCUCCGAUGCCAGCCCUGCCGUCUGAUGAGGGGAGGUGGAGGGAAUGCUUGAAACAGUGCAUGGAUAACUAGUGCAAGCCGGGAGAUCUGUUCCCUGCCCACAAUCCCACUUCCACCAACUCCGCGGUGGAUGGCUCUGUCUAGCUACAGCUCACCGUAUCGUCCGGUGAUUCCAGCUCAACACACGAGCACCUCUGAAGGACUUUGACGUCAGCCCUCAUCACGACAUCAACUCAUUACAAAAUACUCCUUUGCUGCUUGCAAAAUAAAUCAAAUAUUGCUACGAUGUUCCAUUCCUAUCCACUGUAUAACAAAAAAAAUGCUAUAUUAUAUAGAGUGCAAUGACUAUUAUUGGGCUUGUUAUUUGGAUUACAAAUGCAUACGUCAUUAAAGUUUUCAUAUGCAAACCCGAAACCAAAUAUUUAUUUGCAGCCAUCUAACUCUGCAAGUAUUAAUCCUUGAAGACGCGUGCACACAUUUAUAAAUGAUGGAAUGGACGCAGCGAUAGGAACGUUGGACGAACUGUGCCAGCACACUGAAUGGAAUGUGGUAAACAGUGUGAAGCCAUUUUGCGUAUUUGAUGGAGGCAGCAGCAUCACCUGCAGGGAGCCUGGCUAGAACGUCCUGAAGGCGUUUCCCUCUCCCUGUACACGUGUGCCUGCCUGGUGCCGGAGUGCGUGACGGAGACUUUAAGGACAAAUGUGUUUUUGAACCGGGGGUGGGGGGUGGAGGAGACACAUCUUGCUCAACAUGUCACUUUCUUGUCUCCUCCUCCAGCUGUGAGGGUUGUGAAGAGGGAGAUUGAGUAAUUUUGAGCCGGCCAUGCUCAUCACCUGCAGCGCAUUUGCCGCUGCAUCUUUCUCACAUAUACAAGAUGCACAGCUAAACCGGAGAUUAUCUGCGUUCCUCGCGUACUGGCCGUAACUGCUGCUUUGACGUACCAUGGAGGCUUACAGGAGACAAGUGGACUACAACCUGACAUCUGCAUUGGGCCAACACGGAGCUCGGAUUUUUUUUUAAAGCUGGGAUACAUCUGCAUUGUCGUCACAACACCAAACGUGCCUGCUUAUUUGCCAUUGGACCAACACCUAUCGCUUCACGCGUUAACAGUCGGCCCCGAUACGAGAUGCACGUGAGUUUCCAAAUUAACAAAAUAACCACGGUUGUUUCUUUAAAUCUGGGCACGGACACCACCUUUCCGUGGCCUUGGGAUACCACAGAGCAUUGUGUCUGUUGGCCUCACUGCCCUGGCUGCCCUGCUGUGCUGGCCAUACAACCACCACCCUCGCUCUCCGCCACGCUUGCCACAUACGCGCCCGAUGGGACUGCACCAUCCGACGCCACUCGUCCCAGCCACCGCGCAAGCCUGGGCACCACCGUGAGGCCCACGGCGGCUCUGCCGAUGGGGGCGCAGCGAUCGAACGGGCCUGGGAGCUCCUCCGGAGUGGCUCGUGCCUCUCACCACGCUAUGCCACCUCCGCUGUCGCUGCCACCGUCGCUAUGUUCCCCGUUGCUCGUGUUGGCUACAGUCUUCGCUCUGCUGCCCCUGGCCUCUGCACUUGGCCCCCCAACGCAGAGCUCCCCCAAGCUGUGGAUGAAUGGCCCAUGGGGGCAAUGCGUGGCAAGACAGUGCGGGGCGCACGGGGUGCAGGGUCGUGCCGUGUGGUGCGCACAUCCCACGGGCCGCGCCAUCGUCUCCCCUUCGACUGCUGCCACCACCACCACUCUCAACACCACAACGUGCGACCCAUCCACACGGCCCCCCCACAGACGCAGCUGUGUUCGCACGUGCACAGGGCGGCCUUGGCAUGACACGUCCCUGCCCUGGGACACGGAUACGACUGGCAGAACGGGCGAGCCAGGCGAAUGUCGCCCCUUGCAGCAGCAGCAGCAAGAGCUGCCGGCCUUUUCCGCCGGCGAGUGUGAUCCUGCUGCCGAGCCCGCUGGCUGCCGCCCAGCACCGGGAACGAGCUCAGGCGCCCAGGACGGCGGCCCCCUGGGCGGUGCGUGUGAUACACGGCACGGCGGCAAUUCCGGCGGUGCUGGCGGCGGCGAAGGUGCCGGUGCCGCAUUACAGGAUUCGUGCAUCGUGAGCGGCUGGUCGACAUGGGGGGCCUGCGGUGGCAGCAGCGGCGGCGCAGGGUCGGCGUGUGGCCCCGGCGGAACACGCUUGCGUGUCCGUCGCGUGUUGUUUCCGCCGUCGCAUGGAGGUGCCGCGUGUGUGGAGCUGUCGGAAUCACAGGCAUGCACCGUGGCGGCCCCAUGCCCUACUUCGGCACCGGGGGACCCUUUUUCCAACAGCCAGUACCGGCUGAGGGUGGGAGCCUGGAGUGAGUGCCUUCCAGUGUCCGAGUCCAGGAUAGCACGGCGCUCCGUGCCACAGGUGCGGUGGGCUUUACAGGCAUCGAGGAAGCGGCCACGGAGGAGCUCGGCGUCGUGGGGGCCCGAGGAGGCCGGCGGAGAGACCGAUGAGGGGCAGGCGUGGGACGUGCGGCUUGGGGCUCACGCACGCGACCUGUCAUGCUUGUCUCGCAUGGGAGAGCACGUUGAUCUCGUGCUGUGCAAUCGCGAGCUCAUGGCGGUGCCCUCCACGGAGGAGGUGUGCAUUCUCCCAAGGGACUGCGAUGUCGGCGAGUGGUCGCCUUGGUCUCCCUGCUCGGUCACCUGCUCAGGGCAGGGCCACAACCAGGGGCACGGGCAGGUCCAGUCCUUUGGGCUAAGGGGUCUGAGGACACGAAUUCGCUCGGUGCAGCAUCCAGCUCUGGCCGGAGGCAAGGGCUGCCCAUCUCUCCAGGAGACGGAGGCAUGUGGGGGCAGCAUAAAUGGGAUUCUGCCUCCAUGUCCACGAUACCGCUGGAGGGGUGGAGCUUGGGCAGCGUGCACCGUGGGUCCCUUGCUGGACCAGCACGAACGCUGCUGGGGAAACCAGACAGCGUGGUGCGGUGGAGGGGUGCAGGUGCGCGACAUCUACUGCUGUCUGGACGACGACAAUGUGUUCUCAUACUUGAAGGGACUACGGGACGCACCCUCCAGGACUGGCCAGCGAGCUGGAGAGGGAGGGGUUCCCACCACACAGCCACUGCUCUCACUGCCCCUGGAACCAGCAGCCCCCAGGCCAGUUGAGACUGGGUUGUGCCCUGAGCUGGUUCCACUGGAGUCGACGCGACCAUGCGAGCAGCCCUGUCCGCACGAGUGUGUCCUAUCUGCCUGGUCCGCGUGGGGACCCUGUGUGCCCGAGACCUGCACGCCGCCCACAGCCACCACAGGUUUCAUGAUGCGCACGCGGCGCGUGCUGGGCGGCCCUGUCGGUGCUGGUGGCGCACCCGAUGGCUGUCCCCACCUGCUGGAGGCAGUGCCGUGCGAGGGCGCACGCUGUUUCCGCUGGCGCGUGGCCGAGGUCAGCAUCUGCAUCCCCACCAACACCAAGUGCGGCGCAGGCACCCAGUUCCAGCGCGUCGUGUGCACGGACCAGCGCGGCGUGACCGUUGGACCGGAACUGUGUGGGGAGCCGGGCUUCCCGAUGCAGCUAGCAUGCCAAGUGCCAUGUUGGGAGGACUGUGCGAUGUCCGAGUGGGGACAAUGGAUGCCCUGCUCCCACACCUGCUUGGGGGGUGAGGGGAGCCGGGUGGGUGACAGUGCCACCCAGGGCCGGCAGGUGCGCGUACGCGCCAUCCUUGCACUUCCCGGCGACGGUGGGAGGCAGUGCCCGGACCGGCUGGGCCUGCAAGAGUGGCGUCCCUGCAACCAGUAUGGCUGCACCGUGCACUACUGGCACGCUCUGCCCUGGGGGCCGUGCGUGCACGAGGUCACCCAGGGGUCACCUAACGCCUCCCAGGUUGUUGCCGACGGGGAGGCCGCGUGCGCCACCGGCGUCCAGAUGCGCGUGCUCACGUGCGUGCAUGUGGGAGGAGGGCAGCUCCCCACUGAUAGGUGCCCAUUGAGCCAAGCCCCCAUGAGCCGGAGAGCCUGCCUCGUGCCAUGUCGCCGGGACUGCACUCUCUCACCGUUCAGUGACUGGACGCCGUGCCCCGACCCUUGCCGCCAGACUGACGGCGCCCCGACACCGCGACAGUGGCGCUUUCGUGUGGUGAUCCAGCAUGCCAGUGGCGGUGGACGGCCCUGUCCCAAGAGUCUUAGCGACAUGAGGCCUUGCCCCACACGGCCCUGCCCUCAAUACAGGUGGCGCACACACCGGUGGGGGCGAUGCCACUUGCUGGUGUCCUCCUCUGCACGUGCGGCCGGAGCGAACCCUGGAGAAUCACCCUGCGGCCAGGGCUUGCAGACCCGAGGUGUAUCUUGCCACGUAGAGGGCGAAGGACACGUGGACCCACGGGAGUGCCUGACCCGCGCUGCACCGAUGCCCAUGCUUGCCCAGCCGUGCCGAGUACCGUGCGCCUCAGACUGCGCGCUCAGUACCUGGUCCCCAUGGACUCAUUGUCCAUCACACCCGGGCUGCGGGGCAACACAGACAAGACGACGCUCACUCACCGGCAGGAGCAAGCGGCGAGAGGAGUGCAAGGUCGCCAACACCUUCACUCUUCUCGAGAGCCAACUAUGCCCGUGCAACACGCACACAAGCCGCCCGACGGGGCCCUGGUCGGACUGCAUCGUGACGCUGGGGGAAGGGCGGCCCGGAGAUGGCCCAGCGGUGGCCGGAGAACCUGAGUGCGGGAAGGGCAUACGAUUGCAAGCCGUGUCUUGCUACGACCACGAAGAGCACUUGACGAGGCCUGAGAUGUGCAACAGCCCCGGGUGGAGGGCAGAGGCCUGCGAGGUUGCCUGUCCUGUGGACUGCGCACUGGGUGAGUGGAUCUCGUGGUCACCAUGCAGCAAAUCGUGCGGGGCGGGGAUGAGCAUGCGUUCCAGGAAGAUCCAGGGGGCCCCCUCUCAUGGAGGGCGACCGUGCCCGCCUCCCCAUCACGCGCUGCAGGUGUAUGAGGCUGUGCCAUGCUACAGCGACUGCGCUCUGUACACGUGGGUGUCGGACCCAUGGGAGGUGUGCUCGGUCCCACUGAGCGGCGUGUGUGGAGAGGGAACUCAAACAGCGUACAGUCAGACGUUCCGGGGCACCCUUGUCCAGGACAUAGUCGUGGAGAAAGGCGUCGGUGAUGGCCGCCGCCGACUGGUUGGGGAGCGGCCAGGCCACAGGUGUGAGGUACAGGGUGUGGAGGGCCCGGGCACACCUGUGGAGGACGUGUGGUGCAACCCCACGGAGAGACCCCAGGAUGCACGAGCGUGUGUGCUGCAGUGCCCUGGAGAGUGUGUCAUGUCUGAGUGGGGGCCCUGGACCAGGUGCCCACAGCCGUGCGAGGUUGAUACUGUGCGGAUCCGCUCGCGGUUCAUACAGCGAAUGCCAGCAGAUGGAGAGAUGUGCCCCGAUGACACCGAGUCAGAGCCAUGCACCCCACAGCACUCCUGCUUCUACUAUCACUACAAUGCGACCGGAUGGGGGUCGUGCGUGCUGGGCGGCCCUGCGGUGUGUGGCCAGGGCAGCCGGGCACGUGCCCUGGAGUGCGUUCGUAACGACCUCAAGCCCGUGGACUUGCGCAUCUGCCAGGCGAUUGGUCUGGAGACACCUCGUCCUCUGAGUGAGCCCUGCUCCGUGGAGUGCCCACUGGACUGCCACAUCUCUAGCUGGACGUCGUGGUCAUCCUGCUCACGCACGUGCGGCCUGACAGGGAUGAUGAAGAGAAGUCGCAGAGUUCUCCGAGCUGCUCAGGGCUUUGGUCGGCCCUGCCCCUCCCAGCUGCAGCAAAGCAAACCGUGCACCCCCAUGCCCUGCUACCGCCUGCAGCUAGGAGACUGGUCCUCCUGCCAGUUGAACGGAGGUGACUGCGGCGAGGGUGGAAGUGUGAGGGAGCUCACAUGCCUGUCCCACAAUGGCUCAGGAGACGAUCCUGUCAAGAAGGUGGAGCAGAGUCUCUGUGAGGAGGUGCCUUGGCGAGAAGUGAUGGGGACACUGGGUGAGGAGGGGAGACAGCCCGAACUGAAAAAAUCCUGCAUCGUGUCCUGUCCAGGUGACUGCCAGCUGGGCACAUGGUCCACAUGGGGCGUCUGCCAGUUGUUAAGCUGCAGGCACGGUGUUCCUGUGGCUGGACCGAGAGGGCCGGGCGUGCAAACCCGCUCCCAGCAUGUAGAACUCCCACAACACGGCAUGCUCGGCAGCUGCCCUCUCCAGCAGUGGGAGGCUCGCGAGUGCUCUGGGGGGAAAUGCUACAGCUAUGAGUGGCACGUUGGGCCUUGGGUAGGGGGCCGACGGGACAUCUGGUGUCAGCGGUCGGAUGGAGUCAAUGUCACAGGUGGCUGUUCCCUCGCCAAUCAACCCAAAGCCGUACACUCCUGCAUACCACCCUGCCUCCUGCCACACUCUUAUUGUGCCGAGGGUGAUGUUUGUGUAUGCGAGGAGGGCUACCAGGAGGUGGUCACUCCUCAGGGCUCUCUGGAGCACUGCACCCAGGUGUCACGGGGCAGAGAGCGCCCGGCAGAAGGGCAGGGAUGGGGGCAGGGCUUGGGGGGAGGUGCAGCAUUGCCCAGCAGUCCUGAGCCGGCCUGGGAGGUGGGAAGCUGGGCAUUGGAGCCAUUUGGGGAUGAUGGCAAGCUGCGGGGAUGGGUAUACGGAGUGGCGGUGGCUUCUCUCCUCAUCAUCGGGUUCCUCUUCUUCGCAGCUUACCUCUUUUGGAGGAGAUCAAAGAGACCCAGGCGGCGAGCGCCCAAGAGGAAGCCCCUGCCACUGCCCUUUGAUGGCGAUGCUGACCUGUAGCCGGUGAGCAACGCUGGAGUUUGCGGCGCUCCACUGCAACACACAGCUCAACGAUCCGGCCCAUGUAUCCAGGGACAAUGCUCCACUUUGUGACUCACCCUGUGGUCUUGACAAUGUCCCCCGAGAGCAGCGGGAGGUGGAGCAAAGAAUAUGAGGAGGAAUGCUGCUUCUUUUUCUCUCCCUUUUUCAAGAAAACAGUGACGCCGUCGGAGAACUGAGUGGCAGAAGAACACUACCAAGGACACGCCGUCCCUGAGCAAUGUACUGUGCUCACUGUUGUAUUUCCCUCCCUAAAGUAUUUCAUAAUGAGGCUUGCAUGUACAGAAACGAUCUAUUUUGAAGUGCUGAUUGAAAUCCAUAUGUAUUUUUAUUUACAUGUAUUAUUUAGCAGGUCCCUGUGUAGUUGUUUCCCCACUUCAGUGAAUGGCUGCUGUGGGCGCCAGUUUGCCAUCCCGUAUACUCUGAGCACUCAUUUAUCAAGCACCAGUAACAGAAGACGAAUUGCAUUUUCAGUUUCAUAAUGAUGCCAGCGGACUGAAGCAAAAUUAAAUUUUAAGUGAAAAAAAUCGUUAUUUUAUACUUGAAUGGAUAUUAUCUGCUGGAAGACUAUUCUAGAGUCAUGUGUUGGUCAUGGAGUCGGCCGCAUCUGUCACGUUAUUGGAGUCGCCAGGACGAUUAUGGUCACUGCAUGACUGCUGAAAGGGAUGGGGAAAGAAUAACAUAAAACGAUAUGAACACACGUAAAUAAACAUGUAAAAAUGUUUAAGAUGCAUUAAAACCUUGGAUUGCGAGCAUAAUUCGUUCCGGAAACGUGUUUGUAAUCCAAAGCACUCGUAUAUCAAAGCACUCUUAUAUCAGUUGUGAUCACGUGACGCUCGGCAGACAAAGCGUAUACGUACUACUCGUAUUGCAAGACCUCGCUCAUUUAUCAAAUUAAGAUUUAUUUUAAAAAAGUUGCUCGUCUUGCAAACACUCGCAGACCAAGUUACUUGCAAUCCAAGGUUUUACUGUAUAGAGAAAAAACGUGUGACCAUCGAAUUGCGAGUGCUUGGGUUAGAGGUUCUCGAUUUUUCGAGAAUUGCUGUAACUUUUUACAUACGAUGAAACACACUUUUUUGUAUUUUCCUUAAAUUCAAGCGUAGUGUUUGUGUUCCGCCCAUCUGUUUGCUGGAUGGCACAUGAUCACACAUCGACAACACUCAGAGUUCAAGAACUGGCGUUCAUCAAUCGCCACCAACAUCCCCCAACAAACCCUGCAACUGCAGCCUCACACAUCCUGAAAAUUCUUACUCAGAUUUCAAUUGUGUGGUUUUUACUCUUUUUGUGAAACAAUCAAAAAAUAUUCAGUUAUAUGCAGGGUCUGCUAAAUUAUUGUAGUCGCCGAUGUGCAGUAUGUUUAGUGCGCAGAGUAGAAAAAAGGGACCAAUGAAUGGUUGCGUGGCUCAGCAGGUGCCUGGGUCGUACUGAUAGAUCGAACAGUUGAAACCUUUAUUAACUGCUGACCAACAUAGGGGAAUGCGGUUCCAUUCUGGCUCGGGGAAGAAGACCCAAUGCAGCAAGAAACAAUCGAAACAGAGGUCUAUAUUGCUCUGUGUUAAAACAAGGGUUUUGCACAGAAUAACCGUUUAAAAUAGAUAUGUUUUAAAUGCACACACUUUAAAUUCUGGGAUUACUUUAACUAUGAAAGUAGCCAGCUUUAUAAUUCUAAAACUGUAUUUUUGUGAAAUCUGUUUAUUGUUAUUGGCCGGCACAAGUUUGAAAACAAGGAGUGAAAAACAGGUGGCCACCAUAAGAAUGGCACAGCUGCAAGGUUGUGCUGUGUAUGAAAAUAUUUGAUACAUUACGCAUAAUGGCACUGGACAAAACUUAUCUGCAACACUUGCUCCAGUAGUACCAUACACUGUGACCAAUAUUCAUGGACCAGCGGUAUCACGGUGUAACAUGGCCCAAGGGGAAGCAGUGACAUGACCCAGCUGUAGAGGCUUUGCCGCUUGAACAAAGCCCCCCCCCCCCCCCCGCCCACACUGCAUCAUGAUUAAGAGUUGUUUGACCAUACUUCACCAUCUUGGUUGUGGGCUGAAGUGGGGGCAGUACCAGUUCAGAUAUCACUCACCACUGAUGUUAGCCGUGGCCAGCAAUCAAAUUCUGGAUGCUGGUUUUGUAUCAGUGAGCUUGUAACUGUGCCACCGCUGCACAUAUAGUUUCAGUCAUGGGAAAAAGGAAGCCGCGUCACAUGUCCAUCUAUCACAUGUCCAUCCUCACAAGUCUUUAAAUCUGAACUCCAUUUGAGUAGGUGCCGAGUCAGGGUGAGUGCUGUACAAAUUCACUCUUUUGAAGUGUUUCUUUUUCUGUCAAAUAACUCUUUUACGUGAUAUUUCACUUGCUGACCUUGACUUUAUGUCAAGAAACCUUUGUGAAAACACUGCCUGUUGAGGGAGAAUAAUCUUUAUCAACCUUUGCAAACGUCUGCAAAUCUGGCUCAAAUGAAAUUAAACCCCCACCUGUUACCGAGAUACAGAAAUAAAGGCCUUGCCCACCUGUCGUGUUGAAAAUAGCUGUCGAAAUACAAUACAUUAGAUCAGGCGCUUUCCUCUAUAUCCUUUCAAGGAUGCAAUACACCACUCUGUAUUUCCAUUGUAUGACAGAAAUGGGUCGAGGCUAGGGAUGUCACUCGGUUUAAUUUAGUUUUCACUAUGAACAUAUGCUUUUUAAAUAUAUUUUUGUCAGAAAAAAUUAAGAUGUUCAGUGCCCCCACCCUAACAGUGACCUUUUUGUAAAAAAAAUUGCCACACUUUAGCCAUCACUUUUGCGAAAAAUGUACUGUGCCAAAGUCGUAGUUAUACUUGCUUCAUCUACUUCAGAGAACGGUUGACAUUCGCUGCAGGCAUGCCACCCUCGGUCGAUGUUGAUUGCAAUUGAUGUCACGUUUCCACUCUCCAGCAGCCGUGUCCGUCCAUAUUAGCCCUCUGCAGUGAGUAGCUACCACGAACCUUCCCACUCAUCACUCAUUAACCAAUGAGCAAAGAUAGAGUGCAUUGAGACAGCGUCAGUGACUCGUGUGUUAUUGUUUAUGCGUAAAAACAAGGUAACACAACAACGUACCAAUUAAAAGUAUUUUAUUGAUUUUUAGUUACAGCGAUACAAUUUGAGCUACCUUAAUUUUAAACCAUGUGCAUUGGCACCAAAAUUAAAGUGUGAUUCUUUUUAAGCGUGCGUGUGAGAGUAUGAGUGGAGGAGGCAGGUGUUUUCUCGGACAUGUUCAUUUAUGAAAACAAAGGUGUGUUUGUUUGAUCUGUAUGCCUUCAUGUGUGUGCAUGUGGUGAUGGAUUUUUAAUUUUCUGCACAGGAUAGCUUUGACACUGAUACAGCAUCUUAAGACCUUGUGGUGUGCGAGAUUAAUUCAGGACUUGUAUCCGCAGAGGUCAUGGGCUCAAAUCUAAUUUAUUGUUACUUUAUUUUAAAUUUUAAAAGACAAAAAUAAAAUAUGAAAAUAAAAAAAUCAGAAAAUCUUUCUGUGUGUGAAUAAUGUAACAUACUAUAUAUAUAUAUAUAUAAGUUGUGUAUGCUCGUUUUUGUAUGUCUCUAACAUGGUUUUCAUAUAUUGCUGAACAGAAUGAGAAAAUAUUUGACCAGGGGUUCUUAGAGUAAGCCUCUUGAGAAAUAUUUUAAAAUAAAAAUGUGUUUUUACUGCAGAUGCUGAAGCAGCAAUAUUACACACACAUUAUAAAUUGCUAAAGAGUAUAAAACACUUUUCUUGAAAUUGGAAUAUUUUUCUAUUAAAUCUUUGUCACAUUUAAUGAUUUAUUUUACAGCACACUAACGUAGAUGUCCGAGACAUUGUUGUACAGUCAACCAUCUAGGAUUUUAAACAAUGUCGUAAGCUCAGUAAAUAUUAAAUGUCAAAAUAGAAUAAAACAUUUAAGUUGAGCUACAUAACAGCUUGUAAAUCAUAUGACCAAUAUGUAAAAUCAAUUGAGGUUUAAUGACGUUUUAUCCUGACAAUUUACAAACUUUUAACGUAACAUUUUCUCGAUGUUUAUGCCACAUAAACAUUAGCCCUUUUCCAAGUUUUUUUGUAUAUAUUCAAUGCCAAACUGCAUAUAUAACCAAAAUUAAAUUAGAUGUCAUUCUCACAC